CAACCAUGGCGGCCUCGACGAGUCUCUCGACCUCCUUCCUUUCUCCUUCGACAGCCUCCGGAUCCGGCGACGGUGGCGGAGAACGCGACUCGACGGCCUCGAAUGGAGGCGAUGGGUCUGUGGAAGGCGGCGACGCGCCGCUUCGGAGGCGCUGGGGUGGCCGGCCGGUGGAGGAGGGAUAUCGUCGCCGUCGCCCUGGCGGUCUCCGCGGUGGCGGUGCUCCUCUCCUUCUCCGCCCCGUACCCGGUCUCCGUUUGGUUCCUUCUCCCCUCCGCCGGUACAGGCGGAGAUUCGUCCUCUGAGGGAUCUCUUCUUCCUCCGCCUUCGCUUAGUGCUUUUCGUCAGUACCAGGAGCGAGUAGCCUCUGCUCCCACUCCACCCCCAAGUCUUUCUAUUGCGCCUUUGUCCUCUUUGGAUGCGAAUUCUGAUGACGAGGAGGUGGAAGAUAGUGACGCUGACCUAAAGAUUCCUCCUUUAUGGCGAGAAUCUCUUGAUACUUCAAACUCCACGGAUUCCACCGCUACGACCGUGCCGCCUCCGGUUGUAGCAUCUCCUCCUCCACCGAUUUCGAAACCUGAUGCUGUGGGGGUGAAAUCGAGGAAUGUAGAACCAAAGGUGUCGCCUUUGCUGCCAGAGGUGCCUGUUUGGUUGAUGUCUCCUCAUCAGCAGCUUAUAUAUGCGAAGAGAGAAAUUGAUCGUGCCCCACUUGUUUUGAAUGAUCCUGAUCUUUAUGCUCCAUUGUUCCGAAAUGUUUCAGUUUUUAAGAGGAGCUAUGAACUAAUGGAAAGAAUUCUUAAAGUUUAUAUCUACAAGGAUGGAUCGAGACCUAUUUUCCACUCUCCUGACCUUAAAGGCAUCUACGCUUCUGAAGGAUGGUUUAUGAAAUUAAUGGAGGGAAACAAGCAAUUUGUUGUGAAGGAUGGAAACAGGGCCCACAUAUUCUAUCUGCCAUAUGGUGCACGACAGCUAGAACUCGCUCUUUAUAGGCCUGAUUCUCAUAAUAUAAAUGAACUUUUGAUCUUUCUAAGGGACUACAUCAACAUGAUCUCUGCUAAAUAUCCUUAUUGGAACCGGACAAGAGGAGCAGAUCACUUCUUUGUUGCUUGCCAUGAUUGGGGUCCUUACACAACAAAAUUGCAUGAUGAAUUUAGAAGGAACACCAUUAAAGCUCUAUGCAAUGCAGAUGUCUCAGAAGGAGUAUUUAUUCGUGGAAAAGAUGUCUCCCUCCCAGAAACCUACAUCAGAACACCCAGAAGGCCUCUCAGGGAUGUUGGAGGAAAACCUGUUUCCCAGAGGUCUAUACUUGCCUUCUUUGCUGGACAAAUGCAUGGCCGUGUCAGACCCAUCCUUAUCCAGUACUGGCGUGGGAAAGAUGCAGACAUGAGAAUCUACGAGAGCCUCCCACAUAGGGCUGCUAAAAAGAUGUCAUACAUCCAACACAUGAAAUCAAGCAAAUUUUGCAUUUGUCCAAUGGGCUAUGAAGUGAACAGCCCGAGGAUAGUGGAGGCUAUUUAUUAUGAGUGUGUUCCGGUUAUAAUAGCAGAUAAUUUUGUGCUUCCAUUUGAUGAAGUUCUUGACUGGAGUACCUUUUCAGUGGUCAUAGCAGAGAAGGAUAUACCUAACUUGAAGGAUAUCUUGUUGAAAAUUCCGCUUAGACGAUACAUAACCAUGCAGAUGAAUGUGAAGAAGUUGCAGAAGCAUUUUCUAUGGCAUGCUAAGCCAGUAAAGUAUGAUAUCUUCCAUAUGAUACUGCACUCAGUUUGGUUCAAUAGGCUGAAUCAGAUUCAGGUGUAGCGGUAAUGUUCCAUUAUACAGUUUGUAGAGAAGUUUUUGAAGCGUAGACCAUAGUUCAGCAUGACAAAACUAAUCACGUUAGAUGAGCUGAAAGGAAAGAGGAUUCAGACUGCACACAAGAUUGCGUUUAACAUGAAAGAAUGUUCUCAGCAUUGUCAAAGAAACAGAGUUAAUACACCAGUUUUUUCAUUUGGUUCUUUUAUCCAUAAAGGGGCUAGGCUGGCCUUCCACGGUUUGAGUUCCAGAGCCUUGGUAGGUAAGGCUUUGGAUGUACAAGGAGAACACACAAUAAGGGUGUGGAUUCUUGCAUACAGGUAGCAAUGGGAGGAAACAGAAUAUAGCAGGUAGGAAGGUCAGCAUCAUUCCGUUGAUAGCUCACAUAAUUCUGGAGUUCCAUUUUGUAAAGCAUCUACUAAUUUUGCUUACUGAAUAAGUUUAAAAUUAUUAUUCAUUGUUCGUAAUAAGAUUUCCUAUAUAAAAAACACAUUUUUCUGUCAAAAAUAUCACCUGUGAAAAGGACUAUUUUUCUGGUUAAGAUUGAUCUAAUGGAUGAUGUACUCCAUUCUUGAAAA